AUGAGCUUGCGUGACGUUGCUAAAGCGUGGAGCCUUGUGCUUGCUGGGCGACAGUCAGAAAUCCCGCCGAUGCUGUCUUCUGGCGAUGAUCCGAUGGCUCCUGCCGGCAACAACCCUCUCUUCCUAGAUACCCACGUCCUUGAAGAACAACAAGUCAAGGGAUGGUGGCUGCUUCUCUGGGGACUUCGCUUUGUGUUUGAUCUACUCUGGUGGCGGAAGAUGGAGACUCGAACCGCCUUCCUACCUUGGAAGGUUGUGAACCAACUGCGGAGCAAUAUAUUAGCUUCACUUGCAGAGAAAGCCGAGAAAAAAAUUGCCACUGAAGUUACUGAAGAGCAGGCGCCUUUUAUAAGUGAGGGAGAUGUAGUGACGGCAUGGAUGUCAUUGAUCGUGGCCUCAUCUCUUCUGCCCUCAAAGUCGUCACGGACUGUUGGCAUCAGCAAUGCGUUUGAUCUUCGACCUCGCCUGCCAUCCAUAUUUCCGGCCAAAGAAAAUCAAGGUAGUUAUGUGCAGAAUGCUGUCUUUCCGUGCUGGACAAAUAUACCGGCUUGUGACCUCAUCGGAAAGUCGGAUGCUCUUGGGGUUGCGGCCCUCAAGAUCCGUCAUAGCAUCAAGAAACAAACCACCGAACCCCAAAUUCAUGCAUUGGCACGCCUAACUCGAAUCUCACUGGAACAGACACACUUGCCACCAAUGUUUGGCGAUACAAGUUCUUUCUUGAUUACGGCGUCGAAUUGGUCAAAAGCUCGCCUCUUUGAGGUGGUUGAUUUUGGCCCUGCAGUUCAAAUCGCACAAUGUACUUCAAAAUAUCAGGGGUCUACUUUGGCUAUGAAGAAGAAAAGUAUUGGGGGCAAUACAGGAUCGGGCUGUCAAGCAGUUAAGAGUAAUCCGGUGUACUACUGCGUUGACAAUGUAAGCCCAAACAACAUGUUGGCUAGAAAUGCAUUCUUUUUGGCAGGCACACCGAAUGGCGACUACUGGGUCAAUGGAUGCUUUCCGAAUGCUGUGUGGAAGGCGAUGGAGGGAGUACUCCGUGACAACUUGUUGACUUCGGGGUGA